AAAUUUGACACAAAUGGCGAGAAAAAUAAUGUUUCAAUUGUUAUUUUUCUAAAGAAGUGCCAGUUGUUCAAAGAAAGUGAGGAUUUUUGUGCUGAAAAAGACGAUUUGUGAAAAUGACAGAGACGCAGCCCCCUCUGAUUCUUUGCAUGGAGAAUGCAACUGGUGAAGUUGCUCUCAGGGUGGAACCUGAUGAUAACUUCCAGAUGUUCCUAGAUAAAGCUCGGGGACUCCUAGGCUUCGAAGUCGACUUAAACUCCAUUACCAGAAACCAGCCAGUUUCCCUAUCCGAAAACAUAUACCAAUUCCUAUUAAAUACAGAACAAAAUUUACAAGCGGACGACCUCACACAAAACUUUGAUCAAAUAUUGGACACCAAUGAUGGCGCCAAUGAUUUGGUCUAUAUAUUGGACGAUGGCACUCAGAUUAGAGCAUCACAAAUACAUUUUGACAAUGAUGAUCCCUUAAUAGACUUAACAGCUGAAAAAAUCCCUUUUGUAAAAUACGCCGAUGAUGUUAACGAUCCGGAAAUAGAUACAAUACAUGCGGAAACAAAGAAAAUUAAUAUAGUAGAAAGUCCUGUUUCAAGAUGGUCCAGCAAAAAUUCGAGUCCAAAAUGCAGUUUUGUUAAUUCCUUACCUUUUAAAUUAGUUUGCAAUAACACAUCGGGUUUCGAAGCUCAAUUCACUAAAUACUUAGAAGCUAACAAUUCUAAAACUUACGCGACUUUGAACCCUGUGACUAGUCGGAAUAAGUCUCCUAAAAGCUUGAUAAAAGAUAAUUUUAAGAACUACGAUGACAGUUACCAGAGGAAUGAUAAUUUGGCUUAUACUAGAGAGGAGAUUUUAAACAUGUUUAAAGACUCCCCUAUGACUUCUCUGCCUUAUGACCAAGGGUACAGCGAGAGAAGACAUGUUAGAAAGACUGAUCCUUCAAGACUCGUGCAUAAGAGUUGGACUAAACCAAUCUCCUAUAUCGAUAUCGAUGGAGUACUUAUAGGAGAAACUGAGAGUCAAAUAUGUUUCAUUUGUGGAAAACAUGUCGAUAACAGUGUCGAUAAACUGUACCUCUUUGAUAACGAAGACCAGAGAGUACAUAGGUGUUCUCCUCAAAAGAAAAUGUCGACGCAAUUGAAGAUUAUAUGUGAAUGCUGUCUUAACGAAAAUUUUAAACCUUGCCGGAUGAAAAGUGCUAACCAAUUUUUGAAUCCCGACGAAUUUCUGGUCAUACGUAACAAUCAGCAGUAUAUUUUUCAGAAGGUCAAAAAUUUCAAUUUCACCCAUUUAGGAAGGCAUAAAGAUAUGAUGAGUAAACAGGAUUCUAAGUUAGAUAAGGAAGAAUUUGUGAAAGUCGAAAUUGGUUCUGACGGUGAGAUUAUAACGAAACCAAUAGACAAUGAUCCGAGGUCUGAUGAUGUCAUAGUCGUCAAAGAUGAGAAGAAGGACGGUAGUUCCAGUGAUGUUGAGAUUGUGGAGCCGGAACCGGAGAUAGAUAAUAUCAUAGACAAUCUGGAGGAGGCUGAUGAGGAAGUGAAGGAGUUUUUGGGGAAGUACCAGUGUGAUAAUAGUGAAGUUACUGAGUUGAAGUGCAGAUUUUGCGAGCAAGUAUUCCCGGAUUUGUCAGAAGUGCUGGUGCACUGUGAAACACAUAAACAUGAUUUGGAAGAUGGCGAUGUUUACCCAUGCCCACUUUGUUUCUAUGGUUACGCAAAUUUAAAAUGGCUGAAAGGUCAUCUGAAGGCAGCUCACGAGAAAUCCGAACCUAGUAAACAUUUAAAAGAUGAAAAUGAGCAAAUGAAACAAGAAAAUAAAGAUGAACAAGAAACAUCGCCUAAAAAGUCGUCCCCCAUAGCUACUCGUACUAGAAGUUCAAACAAAAAAGAUGGUGAUAGAAAAGAUGAAGACGAAGAUUCUGAAGAAAAGAAUGAACCUAGUAAAGAUGCGCCAAAGCCACCCAUCAUAAAAACGGAGGUUAAGCAGGAGUGCCUAGACAGCAGUGAGGAUGAGAUCUGGAUCGUUCAAACGGCUGAUAUGGAAGCCACGCAAGAGUUGCAGAAAUUACUCUGUGUUGCCAAGGGCAAAGAAGAUGGACAGGAUGGUGAUACUUCGAAAACACACAAAUGUUUUAAUUGCAGUCAAAUAUUUGCAAGUGCAGAGGGUUUGACGAACCAUAGAUGUCGAAGGCGUGGUCGAAAAAGGAAAUCUAAAGAUCUGGGCAAUCUUAUUUGUAUACCUACUGAAGAAGAUUUCUUGAAGAGAGCUCAAGGACGACCAAGACAAGUAGAAUCAUCCAUAGACAGCGACCUUCUCGUUAUGCGUCCUAGAAAACGCCGCAGCCGGGAGCCGACCUCCAACCCUCAAGUGGUUACUUGUCAUAAUUGUAAUGAGUCUUUUACUUCGAAAGUUAGACUUAAGUUUCAUAUGCAGUUCCACGAAUCCACAAACCUGAUACGUCCAGACGGCCGCUACACCUGCACCGAGUGUUCAGGAACCACCUUCUCCACGGAGACGGAGCUGUUCGACCACGUGCACUUCCAGCAUGACAAGCACAAGCGCUGGCAGUGUCCCGUCGACGGCUGCGGGAAGACCUUCUUCCUCAGGGCAACUCUAACGAAACACAGUCGCACUCACACAGACACGCGUCGCUAUGUGUGCGUCACGUGCGACAAGCGGUUCUUAGACAAACAGACUUUGGACGAGCAUGGAGUUACACAUUUACAGAUCAAACCUUUCCAAUGCCACAUAUGUCUAAAGCAGUUGACCCGUCGCUCUCGUCUCCGCAUGCACGUGAGAGCACACGAAGAGGAACUGGCUCCUACACUGGUGCGAGUCUGUGCUGUCUGCACUAGGGCCUUCAGAGACCAUCGUCAUGCACAGGAGCAUGCAACAAAAUCAACGGAAUGCAUAGAGGCGUUUGCCAACGAGCUGAAGGAGGAAGCCGAAGAGAUGACUGUUCAGCUGUCUCCCACCAGCGGCCUUGUUAGACAUACCGUGCAGAUUGUUGAGUCCCCAAAACUAUCGAAACCAAUAAAACGUCAGGUAUCGAAUGAAGUGGGCGAGCCGCUACUGUCUCAGCUGGCAGACGAAGCCAGGGCGCUUAUACGAGUCGUCGAGAUCGAGAAGGCGUUCCGAUGCGAGUACUGUGAAGACGUUUUCUACUUAGAAAGUGGAUUAAACAGUCACCGCGCGAUACACAAGGGUGUGAAAAACCCUUUCACUUGCCACAUCUGUAAAGUUAGCUUUGCUACUUAUUCUAGGUGUACAACCCACAAAACUACCCACGGUUUCUACAAGCGCUCUCUAGCUGACGCUAAGAAACAGGCCGAUGGUCUGACGGCCGAUACCGACGGCAAUCGAUCAGCCACCGGCAUCCUCGGCUACGGAGACUUUCCCGUGGUCAAGCACUUCUUGUGUGAGGAUUGCGGUCGUUCCUACUUACACUGGACGUACCUACAAGUGCACAGACGCAUGAAACACGCGAAUGAGAACUUUCUGUACAAAUGUAACCAGUGUGAACUCACCUUUCCUAACAGUUGGAGCCUAGCGUAUCAUCGUAAGAAGGUGCACGGGAAGACCGGGCCUGAUGACCCUGGCGCCACCAGCAAGAUUAACAAGGAUGAUUACAGGAUACCAUGUCGCGAUUGUAGCGAGGUGCUACCGAAUAAAACUGCGCUCUACAAGCAUCGGAAGAAGGAGCACAGCGAUAAUACUAUUCGUCCUAGUAGUAAGCCUGGCAUGUAUUCUCAUGAGGAGUCUAGCGGCGGCGGAGGCGCGUGCCCUCACUGUCACGCUACCUUCACGCAUGCCACUGAUCUGCAUAAACAUGUCAAAGAAGCACACGGCUCAUCUAACGCAAGCUGGUCGAACAACAAGCCGGGCCGUCCACACACAUGCCCGGUGUGCGGCCACGGGUUCCGCACGCUCUCCAUGCGGAACGAACAUCUGCGCGUCCACACGGGUGAACGCCCCUUCCCUUGUGAUGUCUGUGGAGUCGCUUUCAGAAGGUCCACAGCUAUGAGGAACCACCGGCUCAUUCACACGGGGGUCCGCGCGUGGGCCUGCGGACGCUGUCCCAAACGGUUUCGCAUACGAUCCGACUUGCGGACGCAUUUGAGACUGAACAUUAUAUAUUGUGUCCACAGCUAUGAGGAACCACCGGCUCAUUCACACGGGGGUCCGCGCGUGGGCCUGCGGACGCUGUCCCAAACGGUUUCGCAUACGAUCCGACUUGCGGACGCAUUUGAGACUGAACAUUAUGUUCGCUGCAGGUCCACAGCUAUGAGGAACCACCGGCUCAUUCACACGGGGGUCCGCGCGUGGGCCUGCGGACGCUGUCCCAAACGGUUUCGCAUACGAUCCGACUUGCGGACGCAUUUGAGACUGAAGCAUCCGGCUACUAUUGUUGUUGUUGAGAUGGAAGGCCUAAAUCCGUCUUCUGAAGAUGUGAUGAAAACCCUUUCAGAACAGAAUGUUCCUCACGACAAGCUCAUCGAGAUAACUAAAAUGUCCUUCGCGAAGGGCACGACAAGCGUGAUACCGUCGUGCGCCCGCGCGCUGUCAGCGCUGAGCGCGGUGCCGCGCACGCACGUCGCCUGCAUCAAGCCCGCGCCUUCUAACAUGUUGGAUGAAUUCCAACCCGCUCGUCGUGGUCGCGGCAUUGCCAAGAACCCGCGCCGUCCCAAGAUACUGCAGCGGGGAGAUUCACAGGAUCCUUCUGCCUAUCCUAUCGUUAGUGGCGAGGAGUUAUCAGACUUAAACGUUCAGUUACUACUCCGAGACGGCGUUCUAGUCAACGGUAACCAAAUGGUUCAACUGCAACUAGACGACCCGAUGCUCAUGGAAUGAAUAUAAUAUGUCAUCUUUAUCCGAUUGCGUAAAAUUGUUCCUCUAGUGCGCCUGUGAACCGGGAAAUAGAUGAGUAGCCUUCUAAACUAAUAUUUUAUAGAGGAAACAUUUUUAGUUUGUUUGUACCCUAAAUCUUUCGAAUUUACUGAACCGUUUAAAAAAAUUCUUUCACUUUUGGAAAGCUACACUCUUACCGAGUAACAUAGGCUAUAUUAUAUCCCGAUGCGGGCAGUAGUUCCCACGAGACUCGGGUGAAAUCGCGGAUAACAGCUUGUUUAUAUUAAAAUAUAAAAAUUCUUUGUGUUAUUUGCAUUUACCUAUUGUAAAAUGUUUAAUUCCAAAUGACGGUUUGAUUUGCCAAAAUAUUCAAAUGUAAUUAUUUUUUAAGUACAAUUCUUGAACUCUUAGCUUUAAUAUAUUAUUUUUAUUUACCUACUUACUAAUAAAGGUUUGAUUGUAA